AUGAACAGUGCGUGUGGCCGCCACGGUUCGCAUACAGACGGUAGUAUGUAUCCACUUUCUGUGAGAUCCAAUAACAGCCACCAUCAAACAGGACAGAAUUAUGUAUCAAAUCCACCCUAUAUCAAUUACGUGGCUUACCACCAUGUGCCAAAUAUGGAUAACCAAGAACAGUCUGUAGGAGUUUGGGGGUCUCAAUAUGGAUCGCCACGAGAGGACUAUAAUUCCUAUGCUGCUCCACCGAUCAACACGUGUACCUUACAAUCUUCUGAUUUACCAGCUAACCAAUUUGCUUAUAGUUCUAUGGGCUACAUUUCUCCACAUUCUUCUGCACCUGGGAUUUUACAUUCUGUAGAUUCAAAUCAUGCAGCUGCCAUGUCCCCCGGUAAUCAAAGUCAAAAUUCCUAUGAGUGGAUGAGAAAAACCGUGCAAUCCACUUCUACAGGUAAAACAAGAACUAAAGAGAAAUAUCGUGUGGUUUACACCGACCACCAGAGGUUGGAGUUGGAGAAAGAAUUUCACUACAGCAGAUAUAUCACAAUCAGAAGAAAAACUGAACUGGCUGCUAACUUAAGACUUUCAGAGAGACAGAUAAAAAUCUGGUUCCAGAACCGCAGGGCCAAAGAAAGGAAGCUUUUUAAAAAGAAGAUGAAUCAGUUUGAGGGUGCAGGCUCUGUGCAGAGUGAUUCCAGCUCAGCCAGUCCGAACCCAAUGUGUGACUCUAUACCAAACUCUUUUUACCAACCACCACCACCACCACAGCAUGCUCUGAAUAAUUUGCAGCCCAAUGGGAUUAUUUCAGAAGUCACAGUCACAAUAUGA